AUGUUGGAUGGAUGCCUUUGCGCGGCGUCACUUGACAGCGGCGACCUUGGGGCUGCGGCCCCGGCGGCCUUGGGAUGCCGUGGGGCUCCGACAAAGCGGCCGCCGUUAAAACUAGUCCCCGCUGAAUGCUCCGGAAGCGGUCACGGUCGAACUAUAAAGAAGAGCCCCGUUUAUGUACCUACGGCUUCGGCGCACGUAAAGCCGAACCCGGGGGAUUGUCAGAUUCCAAAUCCACGCUACGGUGACCCUCGCGCGGAUUUGUUCCGAACAAAACCGCCGUCCGCUGUGUGCGUGCACUUGAGCGGCGCAGGUGUGCCGCUCUAUUCAUCGCGGCGGUUUCCUUGCGCGCAGCUGGCGGGGCCGCUGUCAGUUUGGGCGGGCUUCUGCGCUUUUUAUUAUCUGUGCACUAUGUAUUAUUACGUUAUAGCAUGCGCUGUGGAUGUG